AGGUGCAGAUGUUGUAGAAUAUCAUAAAAAAACAAGAAUAGAUGGAGCUGAAAUAAAUAAAUCUUAUAAGCAUUAAAUGAAUGUAUUAGAGCUUUAGAUCUUAAUAAAAAUUAUACUCCUUUUAGGGGAUUAAAAUUCACUUAAGUUUUGAAAGAUUCUUUUACUUGUAAUUGUAGAACUUUAAUGAUUGGACAGAACAUAGUUUAGAGACAUUGAGAUAUGCAGAUAGUAUUGAAGGUUAAGGAAUUAAGAUAUCCAUAAUCUUCUAAUACACCUGAUUAAUUAGCUAAAGAAUUGAUGCAUCCAAGAUAAUAUAUUUUGAAUAAUCAUUUAUUUGAUAAUAUUUUAGAUUCUUGAUUCUAAAUCUAUUUCAC